UGUCUCGAAAAAAAAAAAAAAAAAAAAAAAAAAAAAAAAAAAAAAAAACGGGUCUUGAUUGGGAGGUACCCCUCAAAACUCCCCUGCUGGAAACUUCAAAUUCCUGUGUCGAUGGCGUCUGGGGCCUAGGCCCCCAGCUUCACAUCACCCACCAUUCAGGAUGACCUCUAGAUGACCUCUCACGGAGGCUUGCUGGUUGUAGAACUUGUCAAACCGACAGUCGAGAUUAACCAGUCGCAGGAGACGGAAAAAGACCAGCCACGUUCCUGAUGGAGGUCGGCGUGUGGGCUGCCCUAGGACUCUCCCUCACAGGCAUGUCUGGCCUCAGCCUGGUCUCCCCUGCCUGGUUCCAGAGCUCUUCCUUCUCCUAUGGUGUCUUUGUGUACUGCUCCUGGCCACAGGGUGACCGCUGGAACCAGAGCUGUGUGACCUUUGGGUCCCCGAAGGACAUGCCUGGCUUGGCCUGGAAGGUCUCGGCUGCAAUGCUCCUGGGAGGCUGGGUCCUGCUGGCCUUUAGCGCUCUUCUCCUUCUGGCCUGGGCACUGGCCCCGAGAAGGUUGUAUCCUGGGAGGGGCCCUGGUCCAACACCCAUGGUGCAGGCAGCAGCAGCGGCCUCCACCCUUGUAGGUCUACUGGUUUUUCCAGCCACUCUGGCUUCCCCAUUAGCCAAAGAAGUCUGUGAAGGCUCCCGCACAUACUACGGCAGAACAUGCCAGCUGAGCUGGGGCUACACCACUGCCAUGUUCAACGCGGUCCUCACCAGCCUGCUCGUUGUCAUCAGAUGGCCUCCAAUGACCACGAUCCAGAGGACAGCCACCCCCUCCUCUAGUGACACUCGGGGAAUCACUCUCGUGUCAGAAUAAGCAAAGGAGCAUCAC